CGGCAGAUCUCCACCCCGGAAGGCAGCUUGCUCAGUCCUUCCUAGAUAAAAUUUCCUGGUAAACAUUCAGUUGGUCAAUAGCAUCCUCCUCAAAUCAUCAUUCUGGCUUUCCCAGCAGCCAGUAGACCCAUUUUGAGAAUAAUUGGUUGACUCCUGAGGAUGCCCAAAGCCACGGUGAAGCUCAUCGUAACUGGAGAUGACUUUGGCUACUGCCCCAGAAGGAACCAAGGCAUCGUGGAGUGUUUUCUGGCCAGUGCCAUCUCAAAUGUUUCACUUCUGGUCAACGGGAGUGCCGUGUUGGAUGCCGUUCAGCUGGCAAAGAAACAUCGUAUUCCAAUAGGACUCCAUGCCAACCUUUCUGAAGGCACGCCUGUUUGCCCAGCCCUGAAGAAGUCCUCACUGCUCAACAAAGAAGGGUUCUUCCAUGGAAAGAUGGGAAUCCGGACGAGUUUAAACAAAGGACUUCUUAAUAUGGCCGAGGUGAAGCAGGAACUAAAAGCACAAGUUGACUUGUUUUGUGAACUGACGGGCCAUUUACCUCAUCACAUGGAUGGACACCAACAUGUCCAUGUUCUCCCAGAGAUCAGACAUGUAUUUGCCCAGGUGUUAGAAGAUUAUGGGAUCACCUACACACGCAUUCCCAUUGAGCCAGACCUUCCACGCUGUGGUUGGAUAGACCCACCUUUGAUGGACUUCUAUCUGGGAGUGGAGAAGGACUCGUUUAACACCAUCGAGGUCUUUCGGAAACACGGUAUAAGGUGGCCAGAUAUCUAUAUAGGACUCAGCACCAUGGGGAAACAUAUGUCCAUCCAGAGCAUCUUAGACGCUAUUGAUAACGCCACCACAGCUUAUCUGGUGAAAGGGGAGCCAAUGUCUCCUGUGCCACCUUCAUUUUUAUGUCCUGGUCCUGGAACCCGGAUGGUGACUCUUGAACUCAUGACUCACCCAGGCUACCCCAGCAUCCCGCCUAUUGGGGGCUGCGGGGAAGGCCCAGAUGACUUUUCUCAGUCUUGGGAACGCCUGCAUGAACUUGAGACCUUGAAAAACUUGGAGCUCAAGAGGCAUUAUAAAAGCAGGAAUAUUCAGCUCUGUGCCUUCAAAGAUCUCACCAUGUGACCAGCAGCGAAGGAUGCUUCAUUUUCUACGGUGUUAUCAGUUAGAUUAAGCUGCUGGACCUGCGGUGGUUCCAGUGGAAGCUGAAGGCAUCUGGGAAAUCCUUGCUCAAUCUGCAGGCAGAAGUAGCCCCCCCCUUUUUUUGGCAACCUGCUGAUCUCGUAGAGGAAACUUUUGACCAAGGUUGCCUUUGUGCAGAGAGCUGAGUUGGAUUUCCAGAGCUGGUGGUUCUAGAAGCAGGAGAGGAUGAUGGAAUUUGGGUGAGGGACAAUCAUUCGGUGUUGGCUUGAUACAAAUGCCAGUGUAGACCUGGAACCUUAGGAUGUGCUUGCAUAUAGCAGAAGCCUCUAUCAGUUGGCUUGGUCUGUUCGGUCUGGAGCCAUCUGUUAAGUAAGAGGCAGAGCAAGCCUAGGAGACCUUGACCUUAAAAUAAUGGUUAAUUCUCCACCGGUUUCAUGCUGAUAAAGAGCUGGAUUCUUACAUCCGUGUACAUUUUGGAAAUUGA